CCCUUUCCUCGUCUGACCAAAAGACUCCACGGGCACGCGACCGCCGCUACCUCCCUCAUUUCUGCGGGUAGAAACAACCACUUCGUACCUUCAGACAUAACAUCUGAGACAAGAAGAAGGAACAAGAAGAAGAGAAGAAGGAACCGCCAUGAAUUCUGUUGCGUCUUCCACCUCCUUCGCUCAUCAAUCCAACGCGAUCUUCUCUUCUCUUUCAUUCCCCUCCAACCACCAUCACUGCCAGCGGGUUACAUUUCUCGCAAGUUCGAUUUCUUAUGGUAAAGGGAGAAAAACCAUUGGAAAGCUUGGCCGCCAGAGGGUGAUCUCUUGCGAGAUUGCUCUUAAGCCCGAUUCCGCCACUGUAGAUGCCUCUUCCCCUUCUUCUUCUUCAGCGUCUGUAGCGUCUGCCUCGUCGGCUGCAGCAGAGGAGGAAGAGUCGAGCCUCGCCAAGAUCGGGGCUAGGGUUAGGGUUAAGGUGCCGCUAAAGGUGUAUCACAUCCCCAAAGUCCCCGAAUUCGAUCUCACAGGAAUGGAAGGGGAGCUCAAGCAAUACGUUGGCCUCUGGAAGGGGAAUCGCAUCUCUGCCAAUCUCCCUUUCAAGGUUGAGUUCGUUACCAAGAUUGAAGGCCGUGGCACUGUCAAAUUCUUCGCCCACCUCAAGGAGGAUGAGUUUGAGUACGUCGACGGCAAUGAUGAUUGAGUUCUACUCCAUUUGGGUGGAAAUCGGAAUACUGGAUUACCAAGAAAUUAAAGAACAUCCUAGCUUUUCAUGAAAUUUGUGCAGAGCCAAAAAUGAUGACCAAUUGGUACAUGCUAGGCUUCAUUUUGAAGGGUUUACAAAGGAGAGAUGCUGUAUUCUGUACUUGUGGGAAGUUCAGUUGUCUGACUGUAUCCUUUGUUGACUCACAGUAACAAUUGUUUCUAGCUAUUGUGAUACCAAUUUUAUUUGUGCUUAAGAAAAUCUGCAUUAAUACAUGUAUAAUCAUUGGUUAAGAUCCAUAAUCUAUCUUAAUAUUGACUUGAAUGAUUUGUUUUUCAUUAGAAAAAGAAAAAUAAAGUGUAGUUGAUGCUAUUGAAAUGUU